UCUCGCCUCUCAGUCAGGCGUGGCCACGCAAGUCGAUCGCACGCCCGUACCACGCGCGCCAAGCGCCAGUCGUGACGUCACGCGAUAAUCAUCUUGUCUCUCAACUCUCGUGGUUCAUCUGACAUACGUAACGAGCGAGACAGCGAUAGCGUAAGGUGACAGUUAUUUUGAAGAGUCAGUUUCUUCAUUAGUGAAGUUCGAGAAAGGCGCAGUUGCUUCAAGCAUUGAAUUUUGUACCACGAUUACAUCAUAACAAAAAAACCGACUAAAUGAAGGAGUCUCGUUCCAGCAUCCUUAAAAUGAAGGAAGAUAAGACAAUGGAGUUUUUAGCUCUCUACGAGAAAGAAGAGGUGCUAUGGAACACCAAGUGCGCGGGUUACAAGAACAAAUUAGAAAGAGUAAAAGCCACUGAUAGGAUAGCAGAAACUUUAAACAUCCCUAACUUCAAAACCAAACACGUUCUGAUGAAGUUUAAGAAUCUAAGGAACUCAUAUUGCCAAGAACUGAGGAAGAUAGCUGAGGGCGAGGAAAGAGGGGAGGAAUACAAGCCGAAAGUGUUCUGGUUUCACAAAUUGAAUUCUUUUUUGAGACCUCAUUUAAGCAAAAGUUUUACUGGUCUGGCUCCAGUUGAGGCACCAGUGAAGGAGGAGGAUGAAGAAGAAGAAGACUGGGCAAUUUCCGUCGAUGACUCCGAACCACAAGACUACUUCAGCGAAGAUGGCCAUUCAUCUGUUUCCACCUCCGGGAAUCUUCUGGAACCUAUGAAAAAAAGACCAAGAAUAGAAUUCGUGGCUGAUCAUGUACCAGACACAGCUGACAUUUCAACUCCUGAGCAGAGGCCGCGGGAUUAUUACGAUGAUUUUGGCAGGUAUAUAGCUUCUCUGUUGAGGUCGCUACCGGCUAAAAAGGCUUUAGUAUUGCAACCUAAAAUAAUCAAUUUGAUAGCCAAUUUGGCAUUUUCUGAGACUGAUUAAAUGUUGUAUCAUUUGGAAAUAAAACAAUUUUUACAAGACUAUCUAA